AAAGAAAGGCAAAUCAAUAUAUGAUCCGACAAUCAUAAUCCGCCGGAAUAAUAUAUCACCCGUACCGUAAAAAAGUAUUUCCUUCGAAGCCCAAAACCGCAUACUUUGGGGAAAGCGGAAGAAACCUAAUUCCCGCCAAUUGAAGGAGAUCGUCGUCAAAAAAUCUUUCCUUGAGGCAAAUUAAGCAAAGCUUAGAAACCCUAGUUCCGCCAAUUGGACAAGAUUCGAAGGAGAUCAUCUGCAGAAAUCUUCAUUAGCAGCUGUUCCGUUGGAUCUCGAUUAUUUCUUCCUGUCGCUGUUAUUGGCGGCAGAUCGGAACUGGCUUCGUAGAGGCUGCGAGACCUGAUCUGCGUGUCUGUUUGUCCCUGAUAGACUCUUAAUUUAAUUUGUUGGUUCCUCCUUCCUGAAUUUGCAGAGCAUGACAAAGAAAAGGAACAAGGUUGUGCGGCGGAGGGAGCUGCUACGACUGACCACUGGGAUACGUAGUUCCUCAUCGACUAAACCCAUAUCUGCCAUCUCCGAGCCCUCUUCCACAGUACUUAGCUAUGACGUCACUGCCGCAGUUGAGCCGAAGAAGGAGCUGCCGCCGGAGAUCACAACCUCUGAGCCCUCCUUCACAUCCCCUAACUCUGGCUCUUCACAUGAUAGGGCGGCAUCAGAGAAGGCCUUUUUGGACUCCAUUGUACUUCCUGAUCCAUUUCGACCGGAACCCACAGAAAAUGAUCUAGUCAACAACUCCCCAUGGCUGGCGGCAAUGUGUCCGAACCUGUUUGCUAAGUAUAACAAGGGGUCUGAGAAGACACUGACUCAAGCGUUUCUUGAUGCGAUGAAGGCUGAAAUUGCACGACACCCUCCUCUUCCUCCCGAUUAUGAUUCUGAUGCUGAAUGGGAUAGUUAUGGGGGAGGAUGCCAUGACGAAAGUCAUUUGGCAAAUGAUGAAGAGUUUGAUUGGGACUCGUUUCGGUCAACCAUUGUUCAUCAUCCCCCACCCAAGAUAUGAGAAGAGGAACGAGGAUGAACGUACGGAUAUUGCUCAUUGUUGAUCUUGAUACAUGGCGUAAGAAAUCAUUACUGAUCAACCAUUUAUCUUCUGAUUGAUGCUUCUGCUCUUUGGCUAAUGACCUGCGUUCCUUGGUUUCAACUAAAGGAGAUGCAUAUGCUUAGUUCUCCUUUUAUCAUCUGAUUUGAUGCAAAUGGAGCCUUUUGUUCGUCAUAAUUCUGCACGAUGAG